AGGCUCUGCCGUGGGGGACAGGGCAGGGCCUUCAGGACACCUCAUCGCUGGGAGUGUGUGCGUGGGGACGGGGAGAGAGUGGCCAUCCCAAAGCUGUACUGCCUCCGGCUGGCAGCUGGACAGGGGAGGCCGCAGGAGCUGGCUAUACCUCCUUCUGUCUGGGCUCUGGACAGGUGGCCUCGGGCAGGGAUCGGGGAUGGUAAGGCAUCCUCAGGCCAGGGCCCCAGAGUCAAGGCGACCGAUCCUGGAGGCCUUACUCAGGCCCUUUACUGCAGCACCACUUUCUACCUUCUGGACUUGGCUCUUGGGAAAAUCUCUUUGCCUGGGUCCCUCCUUCCCAGGACCCGAGGGAUUCCUACUCCCCACAGCGUCAGCCAAGUUGCCUGGCAUCCGUGGUAAGUCUUCUAUCCUGGCAUGGCAUCUGCGUGUGGGGGAGGGGUCCCACCUCACCCUGUCCCCCUCCCCAGCCUGGAAUCAGGGGAGAGGCCAAGCUCCAGCCCCACAGGUGGCCGUCUUGGCCAGCGGUGAACAGGAGUGGAGGUGAGCAGCAGGGCCUGAGGGAGGGACCCAAGGAAAGGCGUGUGAGUGCCUCCCUGGGGGCCUGUCAGGGCACAUCAGAGGCUGUGGGCAUGUUUCUGCCUGCCUGGCCUUUGUCUCUGAGGAGGGAGCCCAGGCCAGGAGCCCCGGCGGUUGGCAGGGGAGGAAAGGUGCUGGGGCAGGGGUUGUUGCCAGGAGGCAGGGCUGGGCGUCCCCUUAAGUUGCUGGGUGAACAGGGUGGAGAAGUGGCCCUCAGCCUGGCUGGGAGGCAGCACUGCUAACCCCCACAGCUGCAGCUGCAGCCCUCCAGCUUCUGGAAGCAGACACCCCCGCCUCCACACUGCCAGGAGAUUCAGGAGAGGGCCUCCAGGGCGUGGCUUGCCCAGGAACUGCAUGGAGGGGAUAUCCAGCUGGAGGACAGGCCCCCAGGGAGGACUCCCUCUAGGGAUGGACUCCGGGAGCUCCCGGCCGGGAGAGCAGAACCCGACCGAGGCAGGGGCAGAGCGGGAACUGCGGUGGGUGGAGCUGAGCUCAGAGGAGGCCCUGGGAGCCCAGACAGAGGGGCCCAGCGCCCCACAAGCCUGGGGGCGCCUGCUGCAAGCCGUGUGGAGGGGUCACCCGGGCCUGGUGACAAAGCUGCUGCGUCAAGGGGCCAGUGUGGAGGAGAGGGACCCCGCAGGCAGGACCCCGCUCCACCUGGCCGUGCUGCGCGGCCACGUGCCCCUGGUGCGCCUGCUGCUGCAGCGCGGGGCCGCCGUGGGAGCCGCCGACCGCGCGGGGCGCACCCCGCUGCACGAGGCCGCCUGGCACGGCCACUCGCGGGUGGCCGAGCUGCUGCUGCAGCGCGGGGCCCCGGCCGCGGCCCUGCUCGUGGCGGCCGCGGCCGGGCGCGGGGCGGCGCUGCGCCUGCUCCUGGCGCGCGGGGCCCGGGUGGACGCCCGGGACGGCGCGGGGGCCACAGCGCUCGGCAUCGCGGCGAGCCUGGGCCGCACGCAGGACAUGGAGGUGCUGCUUGACCGUGGGGCAGAUCCCAGGCUCAAGGACAGGCACAGUCGCUCUGCACUCCACAGGGCUGCUGCUGGUGGACACCUGCCCGCUGUCCAGCUGCUAGCGGCCUGGGGAGCGGAGCUGGAUGCUGGAGACUCACUGGGCCUCACACCACUGCACCACGCCGCUCGGGGAGGCCAUGCAGAGGUUGCCAGCCACCUCCUAGACAGGGGAGCGCAGGUCAAUGCUGCUGGGUGGCUCCACAAGACCCCCCUUCACCUUGCCAUGGAGCACGGCCACGGCCCCACCGCAGAGCUCCUGCUGAGCCGAGGGGCUAGCCCCACCUUGAGGACACAGUGGGGUGAGGUGGUCCGGGACCUGGUGUCCGAGGGGGCCUGCCCCAGGCGCUGCUCACCCUUUGCAGAGAGUAGGAGUGGGAGGGGCACAUAGCCCCAGAGGCCCUGAGCUGGGCAGAAGGCUCCAGGCUCCCACAGCCUUCCGAGUGUGCCAGGCUCCUCUCUUCUGGGCCGAGACUGCCUGCCUGGACAGAGGGGAGGACAGCUGAGAGGUUCCUGGAAGAGAAGGGGGGCAGUGGCUUGAGCUCCGGUAAUGGGCCCGGGGAUAGCAGAGAGACUGAGUUGUGGCAACAGAUUUGACUAAAACCUGACAGUGUCCCCUGGGUCCAUCAUGGGGUUGUCACUCUCAGCUGCUCUGUACAUGGGGAUUAUCUUCCUGUGUUUUGUUAGAUCCGAUAUUUGUCUGUUGGCACCCGUGUAUUACAAGGCCGAACCAGUGGCCCCAGCUGUUUCCA